AUGGACGAGGAUAUUAGAACUUCUAAUGGUCAAAGGGUGCCCACCUUGGACGGUCACAUCCUCCUCGUCUUCUCCUGCAUCGCCCUCUACAACGUCAUCGAGCUCAUAUACAUCAUCUGGAUCACAUUCAAACGGCACUCUGGCAUAUACUUUUGGACCUUUAUUAUUGCGACACUUGGAAUACUUGUCCACGCGAUUGGCUUUAUACUUAAAGCCUUUGGACCUGAAAACGGCGUUUACAUCUAUGUGAGCCUGAUCUCAGUCGGCUGGGUGGCCAUGGUCACGGGCCAGUCGUUGGUGCUCUGGUCUCGACUCUACUUGAUUGUUCAUGCCAAAUUCAGGUUGAAGGCCAUUCUAUGGAUGAUUAUUAUCAAUGGCAUCAUUUUCCAUAUACCAAUCAUUGUCAUGCUCUACGGCGCCAACGGUCCCAAUUCCCAGCAGUGGGAUCGUGUAUUUGGGAUAUAUGAAAAGGUUCAGGUCACAGGAUUCUUUCUUCAGGAAGUUAUCAUCUCAUUAUUCUACAUCUACGAAACGAUGAAGCUUAGCAAGCUGCGUGUCAUGAUAGAGAAUGAGAGCAGGUCUCGAUUCCUUAAGCAGCACCUGAUCGUCGUCCAUAUUGUGAUUAUACUUCUCGAUAUCACUAUUUUGGGACUCGAAUACAGCAACAAAUAUAAUAUUCAGACCUCGUAUAAGGCAUUCGUCUACAGCGUCAAAUUAAAGUUGGAGUUCAACAUUCUGAAUAAACUUGUUGAGAUGGCUACUGGCAACAGUAAAAUCAGCUCAGGAAAGCUCAAGUACGGACUCAAGAGCGCCGUCACUGGGGGAAUAGAACUCAAUGAGACUACUGUCAGAGGUGGUACGGCGGACCGUUCACGACACGACCGAAAUAGCAGUUAUGGCUAUCAUGCCCAUGCCUAUCGAGGUGAUGAUGGGGACCGACCUACAAAUGACUCGGAAAGGGUUCUGAAGUUCACGCGGGAGAUCAGGAUUACAGAGAGAAGAAAGUCGGUUUCCAACAGUGUUACAGAGGCAACGAGUGCAUCACAGGGGGAGAGGUCAGCGUCGGGGACAGGCUUUGAGCGUUCUUCCAAGGCGUCAUCAGAGCUUCAUCUUGCCAGCGGCGGAUUCUGA